AUGGUCGUUACAGUCUCGCCUUGCAGCACCGCUGUUUAAUGUGAGAGCUCAUUAGAGGAUUUGAUUUUGUAUAUUGGUUCUUUGAACAUAAAACGGAUCUUCUUCUUUUGUGUUGUGACAAAUGUGCUGGCAAGUUCAUCACAAAUACCGGUAGAUACAAAACUGGAAGCACAAUAAGCCAUUAGAGAAAAGCUAGUUUUAGUUGAUGGCUUUCAUAUUUCCAGCCAAUCCGAACGGAUGUGCAGUAAUUGGUCUGACGAAUGGAAUAUUCGAAUUGUCUGUCAAUAAAGGAGGGUAGAAAAACACUACCCCUCUAACACUGAGUGAAUUUCUUGUCAUUUUUGGAUUGCGUGAAUACGUUUGGAAUAUGAGAUUACUCUUCAAAAAGACUCAGAAACCCACCGUUGUAGCUGUGUAUUGUCACUGGUGACGGCAUCAAUGGUGACCUGAUGUCAAUAUUCUGGAUCGUCCAGACGCUCCUUGUUAUUUGUUGGAUUGGAAGACAGGAGGUGAUGUGUUCAGGCGUGUUCGAGGUGUCUCUGCUGCGGCUUCAGAACCAUCGCGGCGUGACGGGAACGGGUCGGUGCUGCAGGGGCCCCUCCUCGUUCCCCCCAUGUGACGGGGAGUGCCGCACCUUUAUCACCGCCUGUAUCCUCCAUCACAUACAGACGCUUCCGGUACCGCGGCGGUGUACGUAUGGCGAGGCCAGAAGCGCGGUGGUCGGCGGUAACGCCAUCGACCUUGACGACCAAGAGCCGGUCACCUUCACCAUCAAUAUCGACUUCACCUGGCCGGGAGAGGUGACAGUGAUCGUGGAGAGCUGGCAUGACGUUGACGGGACCGCCACAAUCUACGACUCCUCACAGCUGAUCACCCAGACGUAUGUGGCCACAUCCGUCCCGUCAUCUGAUACAUGGCACAUGGAAACCACCAUCACCCCGACGACCGAACAGAAGAUCCGCUUCCGGUUUACGUGCAACAAGCACUAUUUCGGCAUUGGAUGUGACGUGCUAUGUCGGAUACGUGACGACCAGUAUGGACAUUAUCACUGUGACGUCAACGGCACGCGCGUGUGUAAGCCGGGCUGGAGCGGCGAUUACUGUGACAAACCCUUCUGUUCAGAGGAGUGUUUAAAGAAUCAAGGCUCAUGCGACACACCAUACCAAUGCAGGUGCCGGCUGGGUUGGGGCGGAGCGAAUUGCGGAGAAUGCCGGCCGUACACGGGCUGUCUGAACGGCUACUGCCACCUCCCAUACCAGUGUAUCUGCCACAGCGGAUGGACCGGCACACUCUGUGACAUAGAUACCAACUUUUGCUUCAAACAACUGCCAUGUGAGAACGGUGGCUCUUGCAUCACAGAUCACGUGUCUAACUACACGUGCGUCUGUCCUCCCGGGUUCGGAGGAAACAACUGCAAGUUCCCGCUCUGCUACCCCGGCUUCUGCUUCCACGGCGGGGAGUGUCAGACGAGGGAUGGCGCUCGGGAAUGCAGUUGUAUGGAGAAUUACGCAGGGGACAGGUGCGAACAUCAAUUAGUCCCCUGUGAGAUGAUCAAGUGCCAGCAUGGCGGUAGCUGCGUGCCGGGUCGCUAUGGUGGCACGUGCGUAUGCACGGAGAAGUACACGGGGGAACGGUGUGAGGAAGAAAUCGAUCCCUGCAUAUCUACGCCUUGCAAUAAUGGUGCGGAAUGCAGGAAGGACAAUGGGACCAUGACCGGCUUUACGUGCCUUUGUGAAACCGGUUUCGGUGGAAGUUUGUGCGACAUUCCCAUCAGUCCAUGUGCCGGUUUCCGGUGUUAUAACGGCGGGAAAUGCCUUCUCGACCCGGAAGGUAAUCCGAAGUGCGCAUGCAAGAGUGGCCACAUUGGAGAACACUGUGAAAUAUCCACGGAUCCUUGCAAGGGCGUCAAAUGUCUUAACUCUGGCUCAUGUAAGGCUCUAGGAAACGGGUUUACAUGCGUUUGUGCCAAAGGAUAUCACGGUGAAGUUUGUGAACUCAAGUUGAACGCAUGUGAUAGUACACCGUGCUUGAAUCUUGGUGUGUGUAAAGACUAUGUGUCUUCCUUUUUGUGCAUUUGCCCAAAACAUUUCAGUGGGGACAACUGUGAGACAGACCUCCGUGAGGGCGGUUUGGACGCCCCGCCCCAAAACGACGAGAAGGCGCCGCCCGUGGGCGACAACCCACCUGUUGUACCGGCUGUUAGCGGCGCGCAAACACACGCGACCAGAGUACAGCCAAUUGUAACUUUAGCGCUCAUUUUAUAUGUGUUGAUGUCACUAGUUACAUAAAAUGAGGACGGCAGAUUUUGAAAGUC